AAGUGAUGAAUGUAUGGAUACUGUUACGGAAGGGAUUCGAAUGUUGGAGGGGAGUUUGGAUAGCGUGGAUGGGUUGGAGAAUAUGUCUUCGAUGUUUGGUACUUGCGACCCAAUUGAUGUUACGGAACCGGAACGUUCUUAUUUCUUCAGCAGUUUAGCAAACCCCUUCGCUUAUAACACCCAAUAUGCGCAACCAGGCGAUAUUGAUGAAGCUUGUAAAUUAAUUUUAAGCACCAGCGGUUCCGCAGUUGAGAAAUUAGCCGGUUAUAUUCGCUACUAUUAUGGAGGCUAUUGCAUAAGUGAUUUCCAAUACUUCGUUGAUUACUACAAAGACACCGCUAUGAAUUACUAUGAUUCGUAUCGGCAGUGGUUUUAUCAAACUUGCACCGAAUACGGCUUCUUCCAAACCGGGAAUCAAACCACGCGGCCAUUCGGCGACUUUUGGCUCCAAAUGUACAUCGAUACCUGUCAAGAGUUAUUUGGAACUGGGGAGGAAAUUUUGAACACGGGGAUUGAACGCACGAAUUUGUUCUACGGCGCCCUCGAACCGGAAGUAACAAGGGUGGUGUCUGUCCAUGGGACUGUGGAUCCUUGGCAUGCGCUGGGAGUUCUUGAGGAUAUUAACGAAGAUGCGCCCGUAAUCGUCGUGGAGGGCACCUCGCAUUGCGCCGAUCUCUCCUCGAUCAGCGAAAACGAUUUGCCACAAUUGCGCGAGGCUAAAUUGAGAGUGCAACAAUAUAUUCGUCAAUGGAUUAGUUAAUUAAAGCUUAACUGUAAAAAUAUUAUUAAACGAAUUGAUUAAACCAAAA